UUACUCCGUGAAGCAAGCGGGACGGUGCCGGGUGUGCGUUAGAGGCGUUAGAGCCAGUUAGAGCCGAUUGGAGAGGUUGCGGGGGAGUCGGCGAACCUGACUUUGUGCUCGGUGAGGCUUGUGAUCUGUGAGAAUCGUCAACGUCGGCUAAACCCGCCGUCAGCGUUCGUCGUGUCGUCGUUAGCGUCUCCAUCGUCGCGCCGUCCGCGAAGAUGUUUCACCUGCGGAGCCUCGCGCGGUCGUCGUCGAUCGCCCUGAAACAGGCGCCGGGUAACGACGUGCGGAGCAUGCUGAGGCGGGUCACGCCGGCCGCCUGGCACGCGGCGACGGCCCGCCGCGGCUACGCCGACCACCAGAUCCCGGAUCGUCUCAAGGACGUGGCCGAGGCGCCGAAUCCGCGAUUCUUCGACAUGGUCGAGUACUUCUUUCAUCGCGCCUGCCAGAUCAUCGAGGACAAGCUGGUCGAGGAUCUCGACAAGCGCUCGCGCGUCUCGAUCGAGGAGCGCAAGAAGAAGGUCAAGGGUAUCCUGAUGCUGAUGGAGCCGUGCGACCACAUACUCGAGACCACGUUCCCGCUCAGGCGCGACUCCGGCGACUACGAGAUGAUCACCGGCUAUCGCGCCCAGCACUCCACCCAUCGAACGCCGUGCAAAGGAGGUAUUCGUUUCUCGAUGGACGUUUCACGGGACGAAGUUAAGGCCCUGUCGGCCUUGAUGACAUUCAAAUGUGCGUGCGUCGAUGUACCGUUCGGUGGCGCAAAAGCCGGAAUUAAGAUCAACCCGAAGAACUAUUCGGAGCACGAACUGGAGAAAAUUACCAGAAGAUUUACGUUGGAAUUAGCGAAGAAGGGAUUUAUCGGACCUGGAGUUGAUGUUCCCGCUCCCGAUAUGGGCACUGGCGAACGAGAAAUGUCGUGGAUAGCCGAUACUUACGCAAAAACUAUCGGCCAUCUCGACAUCAACGCGCACGCUUGUGUUACUGGCAAACCUAUCAAUCAGGGCGGUAUUCAUGGUCGUAUUUCCGCGACAGGACGUGGAGUGUUUCACGGAUUAGCAAAUUUUAUCAACGAAGCUGGUUACAUGGGCAUGAUCGGUACUACGCCCGGUUGGGGAGGUAAAUCAUUUAUUCUCCAAGGUUUUGGUAAUGUUGGUUUGCACUCUAUGCGUUAUUUACACCGCGCGGGCGCCGCAUGCAUAGGUGUGAUCGAACACGAUGGAGCCAUUUAUAACCCAGAGGGUAUCGACCCAAAGGAAUUGGAAGAGUACCGCAUAGAAAACGGGACUAUCAUUGGCUUCCCUGGUGCCAAACCAUAUGAAGGCGAAAAUCUCAUGUACGAACCAUGUGAUAUAUUUAUACCUGCGGCCACAGAGAAAGUAAUAACCAAAGAGAAUGCUGGACGUAUCCAGGCAAAGAUUAUCGCAGAAGCUGCUAAUGGACCGACUACCCCUGCCGCAGAUAAGAUUCUGAUCGACAGGAAUAUCCUUGUAAUCCCGGAUUUGUACAUUAACGCCGGUGGUGUCACAGUCUCGUUCUUUGAGUGGUUAAAGAACUUGAAUCACGUUUCAUAUGGCCGCCUUACUUUCAAAUACGAAAGGGAGUCUAAUUAUCAUCUCUUAGAAUCGGUGCAAGAGUCUCUAGAGCGUAGGUUUGGUCGCGUUGGCGGCCGUAUUCCCGUCACACCGUCCGAAGCCUUCCAGAAACGUAUAUCUGGUGCCUCCGAAAAAGACAUUGUCCACUCUGGUUUAGACUAUACAAUGGAGAGAUCCGCUAAGGCUAUUAUGAAAACUGCCAUGAAAUUCAAUCUCGGACUUGACUUGAGGACAGCCGCAUAUGCCAAUUCGAUUGAGAAGAUAUUUACUACUUACUCGGAAGCUGGUCUCGCCUUUUAAAUAUUUUAGUCGUUAGAUCGUAUGCAGCGAAUAUCGUAACCAACGAUAAAGACAAAGUCAGUUUUUACGUCAGUAUAACCAGCAAGAGAAGCGACCUGGAUUUAUCAUCCAAAAGAUAUUCACGAACAGUUGACAGUUAUGCCAAGUUGUAAGAGGUAAAGUAUCUGAAACUUGCGAUGGAAGCGUAUCCCAUGCAGAAUCAUUACUCGUCAUGUUAUGCAUCGUGACGGUUUGCCUAGUUACGUGUGUAGCCUCAUAGAUCAGAUAUUAUGACACCGUUAAGUAACAGUACGAAAUAACUCCCGAAGGAAGGUCGAUAUCGACUAUUUUUUUUCUCUGUAAGGUAGGAAAGGCCAGGCUCAAUGCAUUUUUAUAUUUUACUUCUACGUAUAGGAUACGGAGAAGUAUCGUUAUACAAAGCUGCCGUCGAGAUAAUCGCUAUUUAUGAAUAGCGGACUUAUAAUUCGCUAUUUUUUUCGAGUAUGCCAUUUUAAUGAUAUUGCUGUAUUUCAUUGCACUCACAUAAGGGAAACAUUCGUGAUUUUAUCUUACGACAAGAUUGGCUCUUACAGAGCAGAGAGAGAGAGAGAGCGCAAUGAACGAUAUUUCUCGGAUGUUACACGCAACAUAAUUGUUAUACAUAUGCGAUAUUCUAUUAAUAAAGAUACUCAAAUUCUGAAAGUAAACUCUUUCAUAUACAAACGAAUACGUAAAUGCGUUGUUUGUGGUUGCGUUUGAUACAUCAUAUACGUAUACUAACGGAUGCUACCGUAACGAAUGUGUAGUACUUGUCCAUUACACUUUGCAAGUAUAAAAAUAUGAAAAUUGAUAGAUUAUAACUAAUACCGUUUUGUCGAUUUAA